UUCUCAUUUCUUUAAAAAGAAAAUUAUAUUAUCAAUAUGUUAUAUUACCAAUAUUAUAAAUUUAUACAAGAUAUUUUUAGUAGAAUUCUCGGAUUAUCACCAUGGACUCAUAAUAAAAAAGAAAUUUGGGAAUUCUCAUACGUCGGAACAUGUUAUAACAUAUCAAUAAGCUUAAUUAUAAUUUUACUCGGUGUUUACGAAGUAUUAGACGAGUCAUUUGCAGAUAAGUUUCCCGGAAAAUUAGUUCCGUUGAUAAUAGUCAAAGUAAUAUUCAUUACAUUGUUAUGCACAAGUUUUAUUCCACUCGUUUACAUUAUAAAACAGAAGCAGCUAAUAAGAGUUAUGAACCGCUUCAAAGAUGUUGAUAGGGUGUUAAGCAAGUGCAAAAAUUAUGAACAAAAAUACGAUCACACCAACAUCGUAAUAUUUUGUAUUAAUUUCUUAACAACCAUUUUUUUAAUAUUAAUAUUGGACGCAUGUUAUUUUUCGAUAGUCAGAAUUUUCAUCGAAAAUCUGCCGACAAUAAUCGGCGGGGGUGUAAUGAUACAGUAUGCUAUGAUAGUUAACAAGUUAAAUAAAAGAUUCGACAUUAUUAAUACAAUUUUUUUGAAGUUGGGUAGUCUCAAAGUGGAUGCUACCCCACAAGUAUUUACUGUGACUCAAGUAACGUCGCGAAAAUUGAUCAUUACCGACAUUGAUAACCUCAAAUACGCGUUUGUAGAAUUGUGCGAAAUGUGCCAAUAUACUGCUGACUUUUAUGGAAUGUCUGUUUUAAUUUCCAUUCUUUGCUAUGCUGAAAGAAUUAUAUUUUGUGUGUAUCUCAGUCUUUUACCGGCGUUGGAACUCGGGAAUUUUGAGACGAUAUGGCAAGUUACGGCGCCACGUUUGAUAUGGAUCGUUUUUGUAUUUCUAAUGUUUACUUCGAGCAUCACAACAAUCAAGAAACAGACGAGUCAUCUGGCGAAAAAUAUAACAACACUGCGAGAUCGAAAUAUGACAGAUGAUAAAAUUGUGGAAAAAUUGUCUCAAUUUUCCAUCGAUCUCUUGCAUUUAAAGGUAGAAUUUACUGCUUAUGAUAUAAUGCCUUUAGAUCGUACGCUUCUCGCAAUAAUUACGGGUACCAUUACAAUGUAUCUAAUAAUUGCAAUACAGUUCGCCGACAGUCCAUCUUCAGAAAAAACUAAAUUGUGAUCACGUAUUUUCUUUUCUCAUCAAAUCAAUUAUGAAAAUAAGGUUAAUAUAAUAUACGCGCUGAGUACUGAUGUGACAUUCAUAUUACUGCAACUGAACAAUCGAUAUUAUGACGUGCAAACAAAGUAAUUACCAAGGAAUAUAAAAACUGCAUACAGAAUAAAAUUAUAGAUUUAAUAUAAAUCGUGAUAUCACACAUUCAAUACUACUAAGCUCCAGUAUGCAGCGAAAAAAGUUACUAAUUCAGUAUGUGACCAAUAUUUUACGUUUCAAUGCAUUUUUUUGAAACAAAUUGGACUGUCAUCCUGGAUACUAAGCACACUCAAACAAAAUUAACUUGAAUAAAAAGAAAAAUUCUAAA